AUGCCACGCUCAUCAGCUGCGGCUAGGAAGAACCAGAGCAACCGGCAGGAGAAUGGUGUCGUCGGUCCCGGCAAGAAAGUGACCAAGCAGAAAUCCAACAGCCAUCUGAACGGCAACUCGGGCAACGGCUCAGCUACCGGGCCGGGCGCGUCCGUUCCCUUCGACCUAUCCUCCGCACGUUCGACAAGCGACACGGCCGUCCUGUCACCCACGGUCGCCGGCAAGGGAGAUAGUGCGAAGGAUGGCAAUGUGCGUGGGAUGUUGAACGGGCACAGCAAGGGUGGAGAAAUGGCAUCCGCGCAGGACAGUGAUGUGCCCCAGAACGGCGGUAUAUCAGGCCAUGGCGCUCGCAAUGGAACCUCCAAACGAUCCGGAUCCAAUGCUUCGAUCAAUCCGCUACAGCUCGCCUCCACCAUCCUCAAGUCGUGCCCCAUGUACGACACUAUCGCCAUUUUGAUUUUUCUGCUCCAGCUUCCACCUAUGGUUCUGACUCUGGUUCAAUUCCUCUUCGCAUCGCUCACAUUCAUGCCCCCGAGUGGCGCCGCCGCCGGCUCUCUGUCGUCAAAUUUCGACAUUUUCCAGGGCCCGGCGGGCACGCCUUCUCUGGGGACGAUGAUUGCGAUGGACGGCUUCUGCAUACUUCUCUGGGGACUCUUCAUGUGGACCUGGGCUCAAAAUUUCGCCAUUGACCUUGCUCACGUACAGGUCGCUAUCACUCUAGGCGGCGGGGGCUCCGGGAAGAAUGGCGGGGUCAAUGCUCUCUGUGUUGGAAUUGUCUUGCUUCUUCAUCUCGUUCGCAGCAAAGGCAUCCAAGACUUUGUUCUGGGUCAUCUUGUCUCCGCUAAACUGCUCAGUCCCGAUAUCCUCUCCCAAUUCUCGCAUCUGUUACCCGCCGAGUUCCGACGCUCCGAAGCCCAAUCCUCCCCGAGCUGGCUCCGUAGCCUCCUUGCGGUUCACAUACUGGCCCAGGCUGGAACAGCCAUGGCACGACGCUCCAUGGCGAAAAAUCGGUCCCCAACACCGUCACGAACUGGGAAGAGGGGAGAUACGGAGGCUUCGGCGGGCUCGCAGGGACAACCUGAUUCGGCUUUGGAAUCUGCUGCCAGCGUUUCAUCUUCCUUGGUUGGCCCGGAUGGCCAAUUGAAAGAUGGCAAAGAUCGGUUUACCUCCGCCAAAAAGCGCAGACGACAAGCAAAUCAGGUUCGAAGCCGGCAGCCGUUCUGGGCUGCUCUCGCCAGUACAAAGGUCACGGUUAUGCGAGAAUAUGAACAUUCACGGGCUGUUUCCAAAACAGCACGCAAUCUGACAAUGACGGAGGAGGAUCUUCAGGGUGUCUCUCUCGACGACGGGUUAGUAUGGAUUACGGAUGUGGACAGUUCUGCAAUCAAAUUUGCCGCAGGUGAAUUUACCGAUGAUCCAGCGCUAUCGGGCUCGUAUGAAGACGGACGCUGUGAAGGAGAUGCGGAGCCGUUCUAUGUCUGUGUCAAUGGUGCGCUUUGGGCUACCGCCACGAUAUGCAGGGUUUCAGAUGCCAAGGGACCGAGUGUGGUUCAGUGGCGCGGCGAAAUUGCUGGACUCGCUCCCAAUUGCGCUUAUACCUGUGCGUUCGUGCGCGUUGACACCGACGAGGAGAUCUGUGUUAUGAGUGUCAAGACGCCUGCGACGGCUGACACAGAGCAAGGUAAGUUAGCUGUCCCGCGGCGCUGUGCUGUCUUUCCAUGUGAGGUCAUGGCUCAUUUUGCAAAAGUCAUAUCCGCUAUAUCGACACCUCCCCAACCGCCAUAUCGUCCAUCAUCCCCUACCACAACUCUCAAAAAUUCCAUAGUCAAUGCAGAGUCCAAACUCAACGAAAAACGCAACCGCUUGAAGAAGACGAAGAACGAUCACAAAACUGCCAUCUCGAAAAUUCGCAAGGAGCUUGACAAUUUCAAUACCCGGCUUCACAGUGGAACCGAUGAAAACCGACAAAAGCAGCGCUCGCUGCAAUUGGAGCGAAACAUCAAACAAACUGAGGAGGCCACCGCAGCACUUGAAACCCAACUCGACACUAUGGAAACUGUUCCGGAGGAAGAGAUGGAAGAAUGGAGGGCACACAAAGCAGAGUUUGAACGCGAGGUCGAACGCUUCAAUGCCACCAAGGAAGAGGUUGCCGCUGCUCGCACUGCUGCGGCACAGGAGGUGGCGGCACUGGAGGCGGACUUGACCCAAGUGAUUCAGAAGCGAGAACGUCUUCAAGGUCGUCGCACUCGAGUAAACGAGCAAUACGAGCGCAUCAUUUCGGCCAAUGCCCAGGGAUUGAACGAACGCGAACGCCGGGCUGCGGAACAGUUUGCCAGAGAGCAGGACCAGUCAAAGAUGGAGAGCAAUUUCCACGAGCAGUUUGCAAGCAUCAGCCAAUCUGUCCAGGAUUUCCAACUCCGCACCAGUCAACUCUGGCAGCAGGCGUCAGCGAUCGAGCAGGCCAUACAGGUUCAGCAACAACAGAUGCUCCUUGACUCUGGUCCUCUUACGCCCGAAGGCAACUUGCCAGGCACCAAUCCGCUCCCGGAAACCAGCGGGUCAUCCUUGAACGCUUCAACUACCACUGCACCUAGCGUGCGAUCUCUACUCGGUCUCAGCUUUCCUCCCGCCAGAUCUAGCCCACUGCAGAUCUCCUCGUCGCCAAUCCGGGAAGAUUCGUCCAACCCGACCAGUCCGUCUCAAGACAUUCCUUUCCUACCACAGUUCCCGGCCUCUCCCGUCGGAAACCAGGGCUCGUACUUUGUGCCAGACAUCAACCACCGGGACCGUUCGUUCUCCAAUCGCUCCACCCACAGCAGCCAGUACGGCUCUGACUUCUUGGAUGCGAACCGGAUGCCGCCCAUGCAAUUUGAUUUGGCUGAGUUGCUCGGCGAAACCAAGUCGCGACCCAGUCCUGAUGCAUUCCUUCACGGAGGCGGUCGCUCGGCCCUGAGUCCUUUCCAAAGAGCAGCGAGUCGAGGUAGUGGAACCGGUAGUGGUAGUGGUGGCAGUGGAAGCGGCAGCGGCAGUCCACACUCCUCUCGAGACUAA